AUGAAGAACUUUUUCCACGGCCUAAAACAAAAGGUUGAGAACUUUGACUCUCAACAUCAACAACAUCAACAACAGCAACCCUUUUCAGCCCCUUUCCAUCAACCAUCCAUCCCCAACUCUGAAUCCUCCGCCCUCGCCGAAAGAACCUUUCAAUACUUUUACUCUGCAAAGAACAACCAAUUUCAAGGCAAAGUAAAGUCUGAAAGCACACUUGGAGCAGAGAACGACUUCGGAUAUGUAGUAUGGCCUGUCUCAAUAAUGUUACAUGCCACGGCAGAUUGUCUUCCUCCUCAGCGAAUCCACCAAGCCGUCUCAGCUCACCAACAGUAUUGGAACCCUGAACAACAUGCGUUUUGCGCCUGGAAGAUGUUUCCAGGAAAUGAUGAUAUUUAUUAUGAUGACAAUGCUCAUGCGGUGCAGGCAUUCAUUUCUUCAUUUCAAGCUACAGGGGAGAGCAGGUACCUGGAUCAAGCUACGGAUAUCCUGUUCAACUUUAUAAUUCCAUCUGGACAAAGAGACGGAGGUAUUCCAUGGCAUAUCUCCAACGAUAAAGCUAGAGCUGCUUGUUCCACCGGUCCUGCUGCGAUAUCAGCUUUGAGAAUAUCAGCAAUCAGAUAUAAUGGAAAUCUGGUAGCAUUCGCCGAACGAGCAUUAUGCUGGCUGAAACAAAACUUGCAAGAUCCCGGAGAUAAGCUCAUAUGGGAUCAAUUGUCAUAUAAAGAAGAUGGAUCCACGGACAUAAAUCGUAUGAAAUGGACAUACAAUAGUGGAUUCGCAAUCCACGCCUUCACGCUUCUAUACGAAGCUACCAGGAAAGAUGAGUAUUUAAAUACAGCAAUAGAAAUUGCAGAAGCAGCAAUGAAUCCAGAGGCACCUCUCUUCGAUCACUGCAUUCCCAAUCCAUCCCAAAGAAUGCUCUCAGAUGGAUCAUUCUUCCUCCAUCAUCUCGUAGACGGCUAUGUCGCCCUUUCCAAGCACACCCACACGGAACAACUCCGAAAUGAAAUCCGUCGUAUAGCGGAUUGGGGAAGAGAAUUUAUGUUGGAUCCGGCAGAUGGUUUGUAUUAUCGUGGUAGUUCUCCAUAUACAAUUUCGGAAGAAAAUGUGAGGAAAUUUAAUGCUAAAUUUGGAUUGAAUAAGGGUUUGGAGGUUAAUGGUCAGGAAAGAGAUGAACAGGGUAAUUUGUGUAAGACGAUGCUGGGUUGUGCGAGUUGGGCGAGAAUAUUACAUGCUGCGGAGACUACAUAA